GCAGUGGGAUACCUGUGUAUCUGGAUCUUUCUGUGGGCUUCCUGUGCCAACAUUUGGCGGGAUAAAGAAGAGCUAACAAAACUCACUCGAUGUAAUAAUUCAAAGAGUUUGUUUUUGGGGAAAUAAAUAUCAUAAAUAUGGGAGAUACUAAAGGCUAUCCUUGCCUGUCAUGGGCUGAAGAAGGAGAAGAAGAAGAUGAUAACGAAGAAGAAUGGAGAACAUGUUACACAAGUCCAGCCAAACGCAAUGGCGCUUCUGCUCUGAGCAGCUCUCCUGCUAAAAAGAAACUAAAAAUGGACUCAUUCUGCACUCCAUUGRCAGCAAGCUGCAGCCCUGCAACACCAGAACCUUCUAGUGAUGUGUAUGCGUCUCGCCAUUGCCACAAGAGAACGAUUAUCCAUAUAGAUAUUGACUGUUUCUAUGCMCAAGUUGAAAUGGUUUUGAACCCAUCUCUCCAAACUAAGCCACUUGGAAUUCAACAAAAACAUAUCAUAGUGACUUGCAACUACGUUGCUCGGGAGAGAGGACUUACAAAGCUUAUGAGGUUAUCAGAUGCUAAAAAGAAGUGUCCUGAUUUGGUUCUGGUUAAUGGAGAAAAUCUUUCCAAAUAUCGGGAUUUUAGUAAGAGAAUUAAUGAUCUUCUUCUGGGGAUCACYCCAAAUGUUGAAAGGCUGGGAUUUGAUGAAAACUUUGUUGAUGUGACAGACCUCGUGGAGGCACGCCUCAGAGAAAACUCAGGGCCAAGUAACUUGCUUCCUGAUGGAAAAGUGUAUGCCAAGAAAGAGGUUGCACAGAAAAAGAUCUGUACAUGUGGCUGCCACCAGAGACUAACUAUUGGCUCCCAGCUAGCUGCACAAAUACGAAAGAAGAUAUUUGAUGAUAUUGGUUUGACAUGUUGUGCUGGUAUAGCUCACAACAAACUGCUGGCCAAGUUAGCAGGAGAGUGUAACAAGCCCAACAAGCAAACUCUCCUGUUUCCAGAUCUUGCAAAUAUGUUAUUGGGAAGUCUUCCGGCAAGAAAAAUACCAGGUAUUGGUAGUACUUCUUCAAAACGACUUCAGUCCCUGGGCAUAAAUUCAGUUCCAGAACUUCAAGCUUGUACUUUAUCCUGCCUUAAGGCAGAAUUUGGAGAUGGAUUGGCUUUAACUUUGAAGCGAUUAAGUCAUGGUAUAGAUGAUAAUGAUGUAAUCCCRUCCGGUGCUCCAAAAUCAAUGAGUGAGGAAGAUACCUAUCACCAAUUGUCAUCUCUCAAAGAGGUUACCAAAAACCUUCAAAACCUUGCUAAUAAUUUAAUAGUUAGGCUAACAGAUGACAUUGGCACUCCUCAUACAGUUCGAUUSACAAUACGGCGUGGCAUUGGAGAAUUAGCAGGAGACAGAAAGGAAAGUCGUCAGGGACCAAUUCCUUCUAAUUUCUCUUCAUCAAAGUUGACAAAAGACCAACAACUUUCUGUCCUUCUUUCUGUGACACUGGAACUUUUCAAAAAGCUGGUCAACACAAGGCAGCCAUUUAAUAUUAAAUUAUUGAAUAUUUGCCUUACAAAUUUUCAAAAACCAACAAAAUGUGGGGGAAAAGCAUUCAAUAGCUUCUUUACAAAUGUGCAAACUAAAACUCCAGCACAAGGCACAUGUACUGAAGAUUCCCCUAAAGCAAGGUCUGGAGCAGAGCAUCAGUAUGAAAGUGAUAAAGCUGGAAGAUGUAUCACAGGCAUGAAUCAUGUAGGGGUUAAAUUUCCAGAAUAUAAAAUUGCUCAACCAUUUAUUUCUUUGACUUCUGAAAACAAUGUUAGAGUCUCUGAGAGUUUGCAACACACAUCUCAAAGUUAUAUAAACUCAACACCAAAGUCAAAUCCUUCAUCUAGGGAUCAAGUGAUGUCAGAGAUCCACCAGAUAAGAGAAGGUGAGAGGGGAUUUAAGAGUUGUACCAGUAAAGAAAUACCUAGUGAUGUUGAUCCUGAAGUAUUUAACUCCUUGCCGAUGGACGUUCAGAGAGAGCUGAUUGAACAGUCACGAAAGACAACUUUGUCAUCUAGGGAUCAAACAACAUCAGAGAACUACAAAAAAAGUGAAGCUGAGAAGGGACACAACAGUUGUUUCAGUCAAGAAAUACCUAGUGAUGUUGAUCAUGAAGUCUUCAACUCCUUGCCGAUGAAUGUUCAGAGGGAGCUGAUUGCACAAUGGAAGGAAGGACAGAAAUCACCUGUCAGGAAGAAAGCAAAGAAACAGCCUACAGGGCUUCUAAAGUACUUCUCAAAGGCACUAUAAUUAAUGAAUGGGGAAAAUCUAAUGUUUGAUAUAAAGGUUCAAACGCUAGAGCAAGGUUUUGCAUUAGAAUUCAAGACAAAGGGCCGCUGCCCCGAGGUCCUUGAAUUCUAAUGCAAAACCGAGCCCGUGCGUUUGAACUGGUUUAAAAUAUCAACUAAGCCCUAAAUUCCAUUGUUUCAAUGCAAAACACGAAAUACUAAAUUAUAGUGAAUUCAGAGAAGUAGAUUACUGCUGCUUUGUUCUUUUGGAAAUAGAGUGCUUAUACAAUAUAUCCGUGUAAUUAAAAACCUAUUCCGGGUUUAAGAACCUACAUCAAACAAUAGAUUAAGGGUGUGGUUGAUUUUCAAGUUAAAUGAAGGGAUGUAUCAUAAAUUGCAAACACGAGAUUAUUUGUCACAUUYUGGAAGAAUGCAAGUUACACUUAAUAAUUGAUGCAACAGUACUAAAUAUAUUUCCUACUAAAUAGCAGUAGAGUACUGUGUCUACUGUCUCUUCAACUACUUGGCACUAAAUACUGCUAAUAAUGCAGCAAUGUUUCAAGGAUUAAAUGUACCUACUAACACUU